AUGUCGUUGCCUGCGUCGGGUCCACCACAGCACAAUUUGCUGCAGCACUUACACCCGAAUCCAGGAACAAGCGAGGGGGGCGUAGCCAUCAAUAUGACCCCCCCGGCCAGAAACGCUACCGGGGGCAAAGCCGCUCCUGGUGGCACGAGCAGCGGCUCGGGUGUGGGGGGAGCGACGUGGCUGAGUGCCUGGCUGGCCCUCAACGUCGGCCUCACCCUGCUCAACAAAGCGGUUUUCUCCUUUGGGGCCUUCAACUUCCCCCUCACCCUCAGCGCCCUCCACAUGCUCAUAACGGGCAUGCUCUCGUGGAUAUGCGUGCACCACCUCAAGCUCUUUCCCUACAACCCCAACAUCGACAGCCGCGGCCAGAUCUACCUUUUCCUCUUCAGCUUCAUCUUUUCCAUCAAUAUCGUGAUGGGUAACGUGAGCAUCCAGAUCGUCUCCGUGGCGCUGGUGCAGGUCUUCCGCGCCGUGAUCCCCGGCGUGACGAUGGCACUCUCGCUCCUCAUAUUGGGCAAGCGGUCAUCGCUGUAUCUCGUACUGUCGAUGGUCCCCAUUUGUCUGGGGGUCAUGCUCACUGUCUCUGGCGAGCUGGACCUCACCUUCAUCGGGCUGGUCUACACGGCGAUCGGAACCUUCCUGUCCGCGCUCAAGGUGGUGGUGUGCAACAAGUUCCUCAAGGGCACCUACGAAAUGCAUCCCCUUGACCUCCUUGCCCGCGUAGCGCCGCUGGCCUUUGUGCAAACCGCCGUCAUGGUCUACCUGCUCGAAUGGAACGAGCUUUCCAACGAGUGGUACAAGUAUGCGGACGACAGCGUGGUCCUGUUUUCCGUCUUUGGCUCAGGGUUCAUGGCGUGGCUGCUCAACAUCACCAACUUUUUCACCAACCAAAAGACCUCGCCAGUGACGCUCACGGUGGGCGGCAACGUAAAGCAGAUCCUGACGAUCCUCCUCUCGAUCGCCAUCUUCAACACGCGUGUCUCGUUCAUGGGCGCCCUGGGCAUCCUCGUAACGGUGGCGGGUGCCAUUCUCUACAGCAUCGUCAACCACAACAAAUGGUGA